UCCGCUAGCACAUGAAUGCAGCACUCCGCACGGCUGCCAGUUUUGUAUAGGUUUGUUCUACUGUUUUCUGGGGCGAGAGGAGCUGGAAAGUUCGUACUGUCUGUGUGCAGUUGUCCAACAAGGUGGUCAACACGUUACUUUUUAACGACCAGGCAGAAUAUGGAUUCUGGAAAGAUUAUGGUCAGAGCAUCAGGCAGCUUUCUGAUGAAGUCCCUACGGCCUCUGGUGAUUUACUCCUCUCUGUGUUAUUUGAUAUCUGGAUACACUGACAGAGACAGAGUAAAUGACUUGAUGUCCAGAUAUCCUCUUAUUGAUGGUCAUAACGACUUAGCUCUCCAGCUGAGGAUACUUCACAGCAAUCGCCUGAGCCAGAUCGACCUUCAUAAUGUGAGCAAAGUGGCUACCGACAUCACCCGCCUCCAAGCAGGCAAUGUGCAGACGCAGAUGUUUGCAGUCUAUGUGAUGUGUGGGGCCCAGGAGAAGGAUGCUGUGAGGCUGACUCUGGAACAAAUAGAUGUGGUCAGACGCAUGUGUACUGAGUACCAGGACUUUGAGCUGGUUACAUCUGCCCAGGAGCUGAAGAAUUCUGCGAUGAGGCAUAAGAUUGCCUGUCUAAUGAGCAUUGAGGGGGGCCACUCUAUUGACAGCAGCCUGCCAGCCCUGCGGAUGUUUUACCAGCUCGGAGUCCGCUCCAUGGCCCUCACACAUACCUGCAAUACACCCUGGGCUGAGUCAUCCUCAAAAUUGUAUAAUGUCUAUCAAAGACAGAACAACAGCCUGACAAAAUUUGGGAAGGCUGUGGUGGAGGAGAUGAACAGACUUGGAAUGAUAGUGGACCUCUCCCACACUUCUUGGGACACUGCCUCAGCCGCACUUAAGCAUUCCAAGGCCCCUGUUAUUUUUAGCCACUCAUCUUCCUUCUCCAUCUGUAACCAUGGCCGCAAUGUACCUGACUGGCUGCUGCGUGAUCUGAAAAAGAAACACGGGUUGAUCAUGGUGAAUUUGCACAGCAAAUUCAUAUCCUGCAGGGAUGAAGCCAACGUCUCUCAUGUGGCUGACCAUUUUGAUCACAUUAAGAAAGUGAUUGGAGCUGAGUCAAUAGGAAUUGGAGGGGACUUUGAUGGUGCUUCCAGCUUUCCUCAGGGGUUAGAGGAUGUGUCAAAGUAUCCCGCCCUAAUCCAGGAACUCCUCCGAAGGAACUGGACGGAGAAUGAGUUGGCCAGUGUCCUUCGAAAUAACUUCCUGCGAGUGUUUGAGGAGGUGGAAAGGGUCCGGGAUCGGUUGAGUUUGAACCGGCCCAGUGAGGUCCAGAUCCCCCUGGAGGAGGCACAGAACUCCUGCAGGCUGAUCCUUAAACGCCCUGACCCAAAAGGGCCCACUGACAGGAGCUCCUCCUCCAGUGCCCAACAUGGACCAAAAGGUCUGUUAAUCCUGGCCUUAGUUCUGCUGCUUUCCAGCCUAUUUAUGAAUGAAUGAAUAUUUUGAAACUUUAGCUACACCUUUUUAAAGUGCAUAUUUUCUUAAAUAAAUAAGAAGGGCUUCAUGAGAUUGCUUGUGGGUCAUCCCAGCACCCCACAGGUCAGUAAAGAUAAGGGGAGAAUCACUUUCUUACCACCAAAAAUUAAACUAUAUAAUUAAAAGAAUAUUCAAUGUGUAGCCCCAUUUGGGAGGUCAUUUAAAUGUCAGCCUCUGUAUACACAUUAUGCUUUACAUAUACAUUAAAACACACACAUCAGUCCUCUGAAAGGCACUUUACCAUUUAUUUUGGGGAAUUUAUUUAUUAAAUAUUAAACUUGCUGCUGAAUUUGUUGUACAUGUGCUGACAUCAUCUCUACCAAAACUUAUGGCAUGAAGAAGAAUCAUGACAAAGAUCAAUAAAACUGCAGAGACGGCACUUUAAGUUGUUUGAAAUCUGUAUUUUUUGUUUUUGUUCAUAAGGGAUUUCUUUUUAAUCUUUUGUUUGACAAGUGAGCUGGAGGUGAGGUCACAAGGACGAGGAUGGCUCAGGUAAACAGUUCAGUCACAGUGCAGUUAAAUGUUCAGUGCUGCAUUAUCAUCAUAUUAAUACCACACUGUUCAUUCAUUACAAAAUAUUACUUUCAGAAAUCCUAUAAAGCACUUCAACAAAAUAGUACAGUUGGAGCAGUUUAUAAACAGAUGUUCUUUUUAUUUGAUCUUACAGCAUAAUAAGAUAUCAUGGAGGUUUACAAAACAAUAGUGUGUAUUUUAUUGUGAGCUAUUCUGCCCUUUGGCCAAACAGAAAACUGUUUCACAUGAAAAUAACCAAAACAAAAUCUUAAACUUAGAACAGCAGUUUUUCAAAGCAACAGUGUGGAAACUUCAUAUUCAUGUAUUGCUAACAUAAUUGAUAGUUUAAUUAACUUCUACACCACGUGCAUGAUUUUCACACAGCCACAUUGACAUCGUAGCCUCAUCGCUCUUUAAAAAAAUACUCAUGGCUUUAUGAAAAUACUGCCAGUAUAAAGUUUCCAUUUAAAGAGUGUAUUGUGCCCAACAUUUUAAAUUUAAAAAAUCUAUUUGGAUUGCUGGCAAGUGACAAUGGUUUAAGGGGGAUAAUCCACUCCAACUUGUGCUGUUCUGCUUUAACUUAAGUGAAGGGAAGACCUGAGGGCUGUACCAUGAAGCAUGUUCAACAGAGCUGUCACAAAGUUGGUUAUCAACUAUCAACUCUACCAGGUUCAGGCUCUGUGCAUUUUCCUAUAAAACAAGUCAAAUGACACAUUCACCACGUCAUUUGAAACUUAAUAACAAUCAAUCCCAUACAGCCUACUUCCGUCUUUAAAUAUUAAAAAUUGUUACAGUAAAAAGCAACACUGUUGCUACAGUUAAGAUGAGAAAGGCAGGCUUCAAGUUUAUAUAGCUUAUUUAUUGGGCCAUUCUUUAUUUCUAACGUGACACCUGCAUAUCUGCAGCUCUGAAAGUUUGAACUUGAUGCAGCCGAUUAAAAUGUUGUGCUCAAGAACUACAUUUAGGGCUGACACUGUCCCAUAUUGAAGGACACGUGUAAACUAUUUUAGUUUUUGGACAAAUUAAUGUGAAAUUAAUUUUACUGAUUGAAUAUUAUCUGGUGGUUAGCACUGUCGCCUCACAGCAAGAGGGUUCCUGAUUCAAUCCCAGUUUGCAUGUUCUCCCCAUGUCAGUAUGGGUUUUCUCUGGGUACUCCGGCUUCCUCCCAUAAUCCAAAGACAUGGGGGUUGGGGAUAGGUUAAUUGGUGACUCUAAAUUGUCCCUAGGUGUGAUUGUGUGUGAAUGGUUGUCUGUCUCUAUGUGUCAGCCCUGUGAUAGUCUGGCGACCUGUCCAGGGAGUACCCCGCCUCUUGUCCAAUGUCAGCUGGGAUAGCCCCCCCCCCCCCCCC